GCGAUUUCAUUACCUACGUCACCCAAGCAGUGCAGCCCUCACAAUAGACUUCGCCACGGCACGACCCCAUUCUCUAAAGACUUGGCCUAACGGCUGACGCGAGAUCAAAACAAAGAGUGGCACCGGAAAUACCGCAAUUUUAUCAAACCCCCCAAACUAUAUCCAUCAAUAUUGUUAUCCAUGACUACUUCCCCUUUUUCACUAGGUGACGACCUGGAGCUCUUAGUGUCGCUUAACCGCCAUGAGCCGUUCGCGUUCAAGAUCCGAUCCCCGGAGUUUGAGGCGCGGAUGCAGAGUGUCGCUGAAGAUGUCACGCUCAAUAGCACGGAAUCCGGUGGACGCCUAGAGUGCGAUGCCGCUGAAGUGGAGGAUCGCAUAGACAGAAUAUUUGCCGAAUAUACCCAAUUCGUAGAGGAAGGCAACGUGAUCACGGCGGAGGAUGUUGCCACGGGAAAGGCAGUUGCUGUAUGGAAGGCCAUCGUUUUCAUGGUGCUAAAACAAAAGGAGGGCAUUGAAGCGAGUGAUUUAAAGGAGGUUAAUGGGCCCAAAGUGUCGCUGAAAGCCAAUACUCAGUCAAGGCCUCGAAGCUCUCUUCCUAGCCAGGCUGCUCUAACAACAAGUUUUCUUGCUGUUGAGUCGGAUUCUGAGCGCUCUGCGUAUGAGAGUGGCGCCCAGCCGUACACAAAUGACAUAUUGGGCUCGAGUGAUGACGAGCCUCGCCAGAUCCCGUCGCACGGCCCAGACCAGACAGACUUUGCUCCGAUACCCUGGGACACCAACGAACCGCUUCCAAAAAAGUACAAGACGCCAAAUGGGAAAAAACUGAAAAAGGAGAAAAGGGAGAAAAGGGAGAAAAAGGAGAAAAAUGACAAAAAGGAAGAAAAGAAAAAGAAUAAAGGAAAGAAAGGGAAGUCAAGACUUGUUUUAGACAAGAAGGCGGUCAAAAAAAUCAUCAAAAAGCAGAGCCGACUGAAGAAAAUCAACAAGAAGUUGUGGAAGUUGUUUGAACUGUUGGUAGGCAAUGCCCAGGCGCAGUUACGACUCGAAAGAAAGCAUAGCCAUGAACUCUCGAACCUGUUUGAGAAAGUGGUUGAGCAAAACAAAUUAUUGACCGGCUGGUUGUCUCAGGUUCAGGCUGAGGCCGAGACUUUACUAUUGGAGCGUGUUGCAUAAGCUAAGCUUAUAUUAAUUGGCUUAUUAUAUCCAACAGGUGACUUAGAUCAUGGUAUGGGUCUGAUUUUUUCGUGUGGGGGCUAUCCAACGGUAAACUCACCCAGUUACAUCUAGGAUUAGAUAUGCGUAUC